UAUUGGGUUGAUAGCAAUUGAUCCCAAUCAACCCUUUUGAGAAAAUGUUCAAUUGAAACUUACACAAGACUGCAACUGGGAGAUAAGAUCACAAUUUGUGUCUGCUGCCACCACCAUUAAAGAAAUCCAACACCUUCCAAUUUGUAUAACAAAUUCUGCAAUCAUGUUCUUAUCACUUUUAUAAAUGAACCAUUUCAUUUAUGUGAUCCCUGUGAACUGCACAUACAGCUAAGAAUACGAGUGCUUUGAUCAGAUUAAUCAAGUUGUACCAGUUACUGAAGCAAUUUCUAGUCGUGGGCCAAAAAAUCUUUUUGAUUGAUAUUACAACAUAAAAUUAAAGACAGACAGCAGAUGAAAAUCUAAAGAGAAAUUUAAGAUGUCUAGUCGAACAUGGGAAGAUCCAAUGGGAUCAUAUGUCAAUAUUCCACUUUAUAAUCGAAUGAAUUUCUCAACUGUGCCAAGAAAAGCAGUCAGCAAAAAAACAUGGUACCUUGUACAAAACACCUAUGCAAGUUACAACAGAAACAAGAUGGAAGAUGUGGUCGGAGAUGAAUUCCGCUCCAUCAAUCACCCAGAAAGAAUGAUGAGGAAAAUGGAGGGUUAUGUUGCAAAGCGUCAACUCUGCGAUGUGGUCAUCAUAGCAGGACAGAAACGUAUUCCUGCGCAUAGAUUAGUGCUAAGUGCUGCAUCAGAUUAUUUUGCAGCGAUGUUUACGAACGACGUCCGCGAAAAGACAAUGGACGAAAUAAAGAUAAAAGAUGUUGAUCCUGAGGCGUUAACGGCUUUGAUAAAUUAUUCGUAUACAGGUAAAAUAGAGUUGAAAGAAGAAACUGUAGAGAGUUUAUUGUCGACUGCGUGCCUUAUACAACUUUCUGAAGUAGUGGAGGCCUGCUGUAGUUUCCUCAUGAAACAACUUCAUCCGUCCAAUUGUAUAGGCAUCCGCCAGUUUGCUGAUAUCCAAGGCUGUUCUAAUCUCUUCAAAGUAGCUAAUAAUUAUGUUAUGGAGAAUUUUGUUGAGGUCAUGAACAAUCAAGAGUUCUUUAUUCUACCAUUUGAUGAAGUGUGUAAAUUAUUAGCUAGUGAUGAUUUAAAUGUACCAAAUGAAGAGACCAUAUUUGAAGCUCUCGUUAAAUGGGCUAAACAUGAUCUCCCUAACCGAAAAAAAUACCUUCCUAAAUUACUGUUUCAUAUCAAACUUCCAUUGAUGUCACCUCAGUUUAUUGCGGACCAUGUUGAAACCAAUCCUCUAUUUCGUGAUGAUAAAGAAUGUCAGAUUCUCAUCAUGGAAGCUUUAAAAUAUCAUCUGUUACCUGAAAGACGCUCAUCAUUCCAAAGUCCCCGAACAAAACCUCGUAAAUCCACAGUUGGUGUUCUGUAUGCAGUCGGUGGUAUGGACUGUACUAAAGGAGCAACAAGUAUAGAGAAAUAUGAAUUACGUACGAAUACAUGGACGCAGGUAGCUAACAUGAAUGGUAGAAGAUUACAGUUUGGGGUAGCUGUUUUAGAUGAAAAAUUAUAUGUGGUUGGUGGUCGCGAUGGUCUCAAAACAUUAAAUACUGUGGAGUGUUAUGACCCAAAGAAAAAAACAUGGACAUUGAUGCCUCCAAUGUCAACACACAGACAUGGCUUAGGUGUUGGUGUUUUAGAGGGACCAAUGUAUGCUGUAGGCGGACAUGAUGGUUGGUCAUAUUUAAGUACAGUAGAAAGAUGGGAUCCUCAAGCUAAACAAUGGAGUUAUGUAGCUCCUAUGUCUACUAUGAGAAGUACAGUGGGUGUAGCUGCUCUUCAUGGAAAAUUAUAUGCUGUUGGUGGUCGAGAUGGUAGUUCCUGUUUAAAAACUGUAGAAUGUUUCGAUCCUCAUACCAAUAAAUGGACCAAUUGUACACCAAUGUCUAAACGUCGAGGAGGUGUGGGUGUGGCUAAUUGUAACGGGUUUUUAUAUGCUGUAGGAGGUCAUGAAGCACCUGCUACUAAUCCUACAUGUAGUAGAUUUGAUUGUGCUGAAAGAUAUGAUCCUAAAACCGAUCAGUGGACAAUGAUAUCACCAAUAGGUUGUCCACGGGAUGCUGUAGGAUUAUCACCAUUGGGUGACAAGAUAUUUGCUGUUGGGGGUUAUGAUGGUCAGCAAUAUUUAAAUGAUGUUGAAUGUUAUGAUCCUAUUAACAAUGAAUGGACGAAGGUGUCGUCAUUAUGUACAGGGCGGGCAGGUGCUUGUGUCGUUCACGUUCAAACAAGUUGACUAUCCCUCAAACGUUCACUAGCUCUUCUUAAAAAAUGGCCGUCUGGUCUUUUACACCUGAAAAAAGUCAAAUCUCAAAUAUCAUCAUGGCUGUGAUUGCUGUUAACACAGCUCAUCUACAUCAUAUCAUUAGCAGCCAUUUUGUAAUAUGUCCGCUACCACGGCCAUAUUACAUACUUAAUCAUAAAUUAUAUUGGUAAUUUUGACGGCCAUUUUAAAAGACUAGUUAGUGUUCGUUUGGAUACAGAUAGUACAGACCAAAGUGUAGUUAAGACAGUACAGAGGCAGUGAUUAAAGAAACGAAUAUCGUAAGAAAAUAUUUUGAAAGAGAAAUUUAUAUAGUUUUGAAAUAAAUGUAUAUUGUAUAUGAAAGAGACUGGGGCCACACUUGUAUCUGACCAUCAAUGUUGGGUCCCAAAAAAGUCCCAUUGUUAUUUUGUUUGUAAAAUCUGCCAUGUAACUUCGGGAAAUCAAGUGCUGCCCUGGGAAGUGAUAUUACAUACGUGUAUACAGAGAAAGACAUAUUUUGUAUGGAAAUAUUUUAUUAUAUUCCAAAGAAAUACAUGUAUGAAAAGAAAAAGUUAUAUAUAGUUUUUGAAAAUGUUUGUAAUUGAAUUGUUUACAUCACACAGUAUAUUUAGAUGAAAGUUUCUCAAAGUUAAAAGAUUAGAAUUCUAUUAUAUUUCUAGAAUACUUCAUCUUUUAGUUACACUCUACAUUCUACAGUGAUAUGGUUUAUUAAAGAUGCAUUAUGUAAGAUUUAAACCUGGUUGUUCUUGUUAUAAUAGUUUCAGUAAAUUACUUUAUUCUGAGCAAAGUUAUGAAUGUUUGAAGUUUUGACAAAAAAUAAAAUAAAUAAUCUUGAUUGUCAAUUACCAUUGCCACUAUAAUAAACACAAGUUUUGAUUUCAGUCCUUCUAUCGGCAGUCUCUGUUGAGUGAGUAACAUCUAUAUAAGUCUAACAAAAGAUAUGGCAGAUAUUGUCUAAUCCACUCAAUAUAUUAGCCAUUCGAUGGUCUAGAGGGUAGUUCUAUCAUGUGAAUAAAUGUCUAUAUGAUAAUUUAUAUAACAUUUGAAGCAAUACACAGAUUUAGCUCUUACAUAAUGCAUCAUUAUAUUCAUUGACUGUAGCGUUAAAUGUAAAUGCUGUUUGCUAUAUUUAAUAUUGUCAGUACAUACAGGUAUUGGGUAUUAAAAGUAUUGACUGUUAGUCACUGUUUUUACUUAGGGUGAAGCCUGUAAAUUAUGAGUGCUGUAUUAGAACUGUGAUUUUACUUCAUUUUUGUGCCUUAUAAAGUAAAUAGAAAACUUGUGUAUAAUAGGUUUUUAUUUUGAAACUUUAAAAAAAUUGGAUUAAGCUUUCUUUUCAUUGAAAAAUACUGGUAUGCAAAUAUAAGAUAUAUAAAUUAUUUAUAGAAUAUAAUUAUCUUAUAUUAUUUGUACGUACAUGUAGAUCUGAUUGUAAAUAUUAUACAACGCCCUAUUUUAAAACAAAUGUUUCCCAUAUCCGACCUAAUAAAGUGUGCCCUAUAUUACAUCAUUUCAAAUUUAGUCAUAUCAUGUUAAUUAUAACAGGGACCUUAUUAUAUUAAAGUCCAUGAUUAUAGUACCAACCACUUCAUUUCACUUGCCUCAUUUUCUAUUAUCUCAUGCACUUUUUGAUAUCCGGUUAGCAAUGAAGCUAUUAGUUACUGGAAAAACUUAAUUAACAUGCUGUUGUAGGCUAACGUUUUUUUAUAGGCUGUGUUCAGUAAUGCACAGAACUGAUUGUUCUACUCAACUUAUUGAUUGAAUACCAUAUUGCAGAAAAUUCACAGAAAUUUUUUGAAAGGCUUUGAUUGUUCAGACAUUUGCUUAGCUAUCUAAUCACGGUCAAAGGUACCAUUAAGGUGUGCUUUUCCUAAACAUGUCUUUAGAUGGUAAUGAUGUAAGUGACACCUGUUUUAUAUUAGGUUGUCUGUGAUAGACAGUAAAAAAGUUCAAAACAGACCAAAAUGUGAAUCAGUGUUUUAAUUCUUGUUCUAAAUUUUAGAGUUGUAUUUAAUCGUCUGCUGGAAGUGGACUGGUCAUCACAGAGUAUGAGGCAUGGCAAAUGUAGCCAUAUUCGUAAUAUAUCAUAUCAUAAAAUAUGUUAUUGUUUAAAACCAUGACAUAUCAUUGUAUAAAUAUAUCAUUAUAUUAUAGGAAUUCUAGUCCCAUAUAGUCUUCUAGUGAAGCCUAAUUACCUAGACCUGCCUUCUUAAAGCUGUAUUCCUUUAGCUAGAAGAACUUUAUUGCGUGUCUCACAUAAAUCAGGGCAUUAUAGAAUAUAGUCACAAACUAGACAUUUUUAUUAUUUUAAAACUUUAUUAUGGGUUUUGAUAUGGACAAUUUUAGCUUUGGUAAACUUGAUCUGAAGAUACGACAUAAUUACAGUAACUUAUAGUGUAGUUCAAAAUGCUAGAAAAAAGUAAAAUUUUGAAUCUUAAAUUCAUUGAAAUUGUAUGUGAAAUACUCAUACUGAAAUCAAACCAAAACUCAAUCAUAGCUUGGACUUUUCAAACUUCAAUCCAGAAAGUAUGUGCAAUAUGGGAAAAUUUGAAUUGAAGAACCGAAAAAACUACACUGUAAAAUAAUUCCAGUUUUUGUGUACGUUGAAUUAUUUCCAGUUCAAAAUUUAAGACCGAACAGAAAUGAUUGAAUAUUCAAAGAGAUAAAUUUGUAGAUUUUAUCCUGAAUUUUUUUUUUCUGGUAAUAUGAACUAGACUAUAGAUAAACUGAUACAUAUUGUCACCAAUAGGUACUGUAGUUCAGAACUAGUCUUUUAACUCAGUGGUUUUAAGACUUUUUGGUUCCUAAUAGGCUUUGAGAUUAGAGUAAUAUUGAAUUUUUUGUCCCCAAAACUAUUGUUUAACUAAUCACUUCAUGGUUUUCACUUGUAAGAACAUACAUUUUGUACCCAUCACACAAUCCUCUGAACACAGACGUCUCUUAUGUUUCGUAACAGUCAUCCAUGUUGAAUUUUUAAUCCUGAGCACCGCAAAAAUCAAAGCAUUUUCGCCCAUUACUUUGCAUUACAUUUUGGAAUUUCUUCCAAUAAUUUCAGCAUUCCAAACUGUGACCUCGGUGAUUAUACAGGGACAGUGUCAUCUUGUUUUUUUAAAAGAGUCUGUGUGUGUGCUUCUCUUGUUCAAAUAAGUUUUGAAUGUGUGUUUUUUUUAUCACCACAAAUCAUACUUCCUAAUAUUUGUUUCAAAUAUACAUGUUUUAUUUUCCAAGUUUAAGCCCCAUUCAAGACACUAUAUCUCUUUGGAUUUAGGCCCAAAUGAAAUACUGAAUUGGGUUGAUCUGAUGCCAUUAAAUUUUUGUUUCGAAAAAAUUUUAUUUUCAUUUUUGGCUGUGUCGAUAGUGGAACACAAAAUCAAUUAUAUUUCAACAAUGGCUUUGUAGGUGUAACAUUUUAAGUGAAGACACGUUGUCGUCAAAAAAAACAUAUCAACAAUUUUAUUUUUUACAAAAAUCAAAGAGGUCUAAGUAAUCUUUUGAGUUUGUAUUAACAAGUAAACUGGAUAAUCUAUCCUGAUUUCUAUAUAUAAGUCAGAGGAAAGGGUUAAUGUAGGAUUCUUAAUAUUAGCUGAAAAGAUAACUUGAGAGUUUAUUUGAUAUGUUUCAAUGUGUUAUGCAUGUAGAUUUAAAUAUUUUCCAUAAGUGAAAAUUUUAAAAUUGAUAUAUCUCAUUCAUUACAGCAUAUCUAUUAUAUAUGACCGGAUAUAGGCAAGAAAUGUUGAAAUAGUUAUAAUUAUUUUUAUUUUAUUGUUAAGAGUUUUGUGCCAUCUGCUGUAUCGCUUUUUCAAAUUUUGGCAUUUUUGUUCAAAUUUAUUUUGCAUUUCUGUCUGUGCUUGCAAGAUGAAAUUUCUUGUUUGUCUUAGAGGUUUAAUAAGGUGUUAAUGAAGAUAUUACUCAAAGUUUAAUGUCCAGAAUAUGUUUUACAUUUAAGAGAAUAAUUUAUUCACUUAAUUUGUGUAAUAUAAAUGUAAAUUAUUUUGUUUUUAAAGUAUUGUAGAUUCAAUACAUUAUAAUUAUAGAAUGAUAAUUGUAAUUAACAUUUUUCAUUUUAAUUUUUCAAGUUAUUAUUUAUUGUUCUAUUUAUGCAGUAUUGGUGUAAUAGCUGAUUUUGAGAAAUCACAGUUUCCUUUAUUAUUAGGUUUGACGCUUAAUAUGCUAAAUAUAAAGAAUUGUUUAUUUAUAAAUGGUUAGUAUGAUUUUCUUAAAAUUAUCGAAAUAUUGUUUUAUUCUUCAUAGAUCAAGUGUAAAUUAUUACUGUAAUACAGUAAAAUAUUAAAUAGGAUUAUUUAUAAUUCUAAUCAACUGAUUAAUGAUAAUAUGGAAAACUGGUUAAGUGUAAACAAUAAAAAGAUUAAUGUAUAAUCAUAAAGUGCCAUAUAAUCAAUAAUGAUCAGAUGGUUAAAAGUAACAAAAUAAGAUAAACAGAUUACGUAUACUGAUUAAGUAUAUCAUUAAACUGGUUAAAUAAGUAUAUCAUUAAACUGGUUAAAUAAGUAUAUAUACUGAUUAAGUAUAUCAUUGAACUGGUUAAAUAAGUAUAUCAUUAAACUGGUUAAAUAAGUAUAUCAUUAAACUGGUUAAAUAAGUACAUGUAUAUCUUAUCAUUAAACUGGUUAAAUAAGUAUAUCAUAUCAUUAAACUGGUUAAGUAUAAAGUAUGGUUAUAGAAAAUUCAUUCAGUAACUUACUUCAUAUUGUUUAAAGUAAUUUAUUAUUUUUUUGAAACCAUUGUUUGUGGUUAGGAAGAAAUGUGUUCUGUAAGCUAUACAUAUUUAAUGUCAUGUGUGUGUGAAGUGUGAAAAUUAUUACCUUUAUUUUGUUAUGUUGGUUCAAAUUUGGAGGGGGUGGGGAUGAAAGUAAGUAAAAAUUUGAAUCUUGCUGUGCAAGUUAUUUAAGUAUAAUUAAUUGUAAUAAUCACCACUGUAUAUAGAAAUGGAAAUGCUCAAAGAUCAUCUUAUUUUUAUACCAAAUACAACUUCUCUUUAAGACUUCCAUAUUUUCCUACCAAUUAAUACGCCAUGUACCAAAUGUUGUAUGCAUUUUCUAAUGGCCUUAUCAUAUAAACAUUGGUGCUAUAAUACUCUUCUUUAAAUCAGUGCUGCAUUCAAUAGAAUACAUAUUAUUAACCACAAAACAACAGUUUACGGUCAAAUUUUUCGAUUAAAAUAGAAAAUCUAUAUAAUAUUAAAGCAAAUUUUUAGUAAAUUGAAAUUAGGAAUUGAUUUUUACAUAUAAAUUCUAUUGAAUGGUCAGGCUAUGGAUGUGUUUGAAUGGAUGUAGUAUUAUUAUGUUAGAUGUUUUUCUCCCUUCCAAUAAAUAAAUACCUUUAUUGUCAUUCAAUAUUUUAUUCACAUCUUUAUUAUUUUCAUGAUCUUGUUUUCAAGUCCAUUAAUUUAUUGACUUUUUAAACAUUUUGCUGUUUCUGCUUGGUUUCAUAUUGAUUUUGUACAUAUCAUGUUUUGCAUGUCCAAUUUUUUAUUUUAUUUCUUAAAUAAACAAUAUUCAUAAAACAA